CUUUUGCCAUCACCAUUUGGAUACAUAUUCGAUCGGCGAUGGGCCAGGUUGUGAGCUGCUGCCUGGGCACAGAGGACACCGAUCCAUCGGCCGCGCUCAAGCGCAAGCGGCAGGACGACGAUGCUGCUGAUGUACCCUCGACCCCAAGUAUGUCGGACUCGCUCUUCUACCAGUCACUCGGCGAGCACGAGCUGUACGGAAGCGAGAGCAGUCGAGUGUCCACCGACGGGGACUUGGUGGAAACCUUGCUGACGAAAAAACGGACAAACACUGUCGACUCUGGAACAGCAAUGACUCCUCGCGCGCCGUACAUGUCUCGGUUCAUUGACGCGAUCGUCGCGACCCCUCGUUUGCCGCCCUGCACGACCGUAGCACCCACGGCUCGUACUGUUCACAAUACCGUACGCGCAUCAGGGAUCCCCACGCUUUCGUAUGCCGACGACGCCGACGACGAAGGACCUGAGCAUACAGCGACUGCAUCCUCCGUUGGCACAGACGACACGUUCGAGGAACCACAGCCUGCACAGGACGACAUCCCGUCCUCCGAUGCCACGAGCAGUGUCGAUGAUGGCGAUAACAGCGCAAUGGCGGCGGAUGCACUGACCAUCACAACUCGCACCAUGCACUCGUUCUCGACUUCGUCCAACCAAUCCUUCGACUCGAAUGACCAAGAUGAAGCCCAGGCGUCGUCGAUCGCAUCACCGAUUCCAUACGCCGUGGCGGUCAAGCGGUUCUUUCCGAUCGAGGAUAAGUUUGAGUUCUCCAUCUCUGUAUUUCACGACGACCUCGGCGUCGGGCGGCAGUUUGACAUCAUUCGCGACCGCAUCCAAGUGGCCAAGUUCCAUGACGCGCUCGAGACCCUGGCCACGUCCCUCGGACUUGCUUCGCCUUCGUUGCCGUAUACGAAGAAGCAGAAUCGACAGCAAGGCCGCGCCCUCAUGGACGAGUACGUCCAGGCUAUCAUGCAGACACCGGAACUUCGAAACGCGCGCAUCGCGCUCAAGUACUUUCACGUCGUCAAAGCCACGACGCCGUCGGCAAAGUCCAAAAAGGCCACGUCAGCCAUCAAAUUGCCGCCGAUGACCCGCCAAUUCUCGGGCGGCAGGAAGGCGGCGCCUGAAACGCGAGCAUGAUGGGGGGCAUGCCAUGGAAAGUGGUCCAGCUGUGUAUAUAUAUCAAAUUCGUGGUUCUCGUUACACGGUUGG